AUGGGCAGCACCCUGGGCUGCCACCGCUCCAUUCCCCGGGACCCCUCGGACCUGUCGCACAGCCGCAAGUUCAGCGCCGCCUGCAACUUCAGCAACAUCCUGGUGAACCAGGAGCGGCUCAACAUCAACACGGCCACGGAGGAGGAGCUGAUGACCCUGCCGGGGGUGACCCGCGCCGUGGCGCGCAGCAUCGUGGAGUACCGCGACUACAUCGGCGGCUUCAAGAAGGUGGAGGACCUGGCCCUGGUCAGCGGCGUGGGCGCCACCAAGCUGGAGCAGGUCAAGUUCGAGAUCUGCGUGGGCAGCAAGGGCAGCUCGGCGCAGCACUCGCCCAGCUCCACGCGGCGGGACCUGCUGGCCGAGCAGCAGCAGCAGCAGCCACAGCACCACCUGGCCACGGCCUCGGCCGCCAUGCCCCUCACCCCGCGCGUCAACAUCAACACGGCCACCCAGGCCCAGCUCCUGAGCGUGCGGGGCCUCACGGAGAAGAUGGCAGCCAGCAUCGUGGACUACCGCCGGGAGCACGGGCCCUUCCGCAGCGUGGAGGACCUGGUGAAGACAUCGGGGGGCAUCAACGCCGCCUUCCUGGACAGGAUCCGGCCCCAGGUGUUCGCGGAGCGGUCCCGGCCCCCGUCCACCCACACCAACGGGGGCCUGACCUUCACCGCCAAGCCUCACCCCAGUCCGACCUCGCUGAGCCUGCAGAGCGAGGACCUGGACCUGCCGCCGGGUGGGCCCACUCAGAUCAUCUCCACGCGGCCUUCGGUGGAGGCCUUUGGAGGCACCAGGGACGGGCGGCCUGUGCUGAGGCUGGCCACGUGGAACUUGCAGGGCUGCUCCCUGGAGAAGGCCAACAACCCCGGGGUGCGAGAGGUGGUGUGCAUGACGCUCCUGGAGAACAGCAUCAAGCUUCUCGCUGUGCAAGAGCUCCUUGACAGAGAGGCCCUGGAAAAGUUCUGUGCGGAGCUCAACCAGCCGGUCCUGCCCCACAUCCGCAGGUGGAAGGGGCCUCAGGGGAGCUGGAAGGCCGUGGUCGCCGACACGCCCUCCGCUCAGCUCCAGAAGGGGGCCGGCUUCUCGGGGUUCCUGUGGGACGCGGGAGCCGGGGUGGAGCUGAGAGACGCCGCCUCGCAGGACAGCUCCCCGGGCAAUGGGCACGGGAAGCCCGUGGGCCCCAGCCCGUACCUGGCACGUUUCAAGGUGGGAAGCCAUGACUUGACCCUCGUGAACCUUCACCUGGCGGCCCUGCCCCUCCCCGCGGGGGAGAAUCCAAGCAGGAACCACAGCGAUGGCCACCGCGCGGCCAGCUUCGCCCAGGCCUUGCAGGAAACGCUGAAAGGAGAAAAGGACGUGGUGGUCCUGGGGGACUUCGGCCAGGGCCCGGACAGCAGCGACCACGACCUCCUGCGGAAAGAACGGUUCCACCCCCUGGUCCCCGCGCACACCUUCACCAACAUCAGCACCAAGAACCCGCAGGGCUCCAAGUCCCUGGACAACAUCUGGAUCAGCAAAAGCCUGAGGAAGGUUUUCACAGGUCACUGCGCGGUGCUGAGGGAAGGCCUCACGAACCCGUGGAUCCCGGACAACUGGUCGUGGGGCGGCGUGGCGUCGGAGCACUGCCCCGUGCUGGCCGAGUUUUACGCGGAGAAGGACGGGACCAAGCGGGAAGGCCCGCGGAGCGGCAGCGGGGUGGCCCUGGAGCGCAGCGAGGCCCACAUUAAGCACGAGCGGUGA